GUCAGUGAAGUUUAACAAGGGCUACACGGCGCUCAGCCAGACGGCGGAGGAAAACCUGGUCUCCCUCGAUUCGGACAGUGACGGGGAGCUGGGAUCCCAGUGCUCCUCAGGCUACUCCUCCGCCGAGCAGGUGAACCAGGACCUAAGCCGGCAGCUUCUGCGGGAUGGGUACCACCUGGAUGAGGUCCCCGAUGAUGAAGAUCUGGAUCUCAUCCCCCCGAAACCCGUGGCCUCCUCCUCUUGCCCCUGUUGUUUUGGAGACUCUCUCUCCUGCGUGAUCCAGUAG